ACUGGCUAGCAACACUGAUAGAACACCAUUAACAACAAACAGAAGUAAACAAAUAAAAAUGUUGAUUUUUACCGGAAAAAAGGCGAUGGCAACGAAACCAAGGGAACCCCUGAUCCUUCGAUCAAACUUUCAAAGUCACACAACAAACCACCUUGAGUCAAGGUUCAUUUUCUCAUAUGAAAUAUCCCGCAUAAAGCAAUUCAAGUCCAGAUCUAGAUCUUGGACAUAUAUAUAUUUUAAACUAUGGACGAAAACGAGGAUGAUCUGGAGGAGCACCAGGAGCAGGAUCUGCUCAGCGACGGCAGCGUCGAGGAGGAGGAGGCCGAGGUGGAGCCGGAUGUUGGUCCGGUCGACAGUUGGGAGUCCUUCAACGAUCGAAUCGAUGGCAUGAUCUACAACGAGCACUGCGACAAGACGGUGAAAAAGUUGGACGAACGCCGGCUGGCGAUACUCAACCGGGUGCGUCAGCAGUUCCGCGAUGCACCGAAAGGAGUCGCGGAGCGUUGUCAGGCCCAGAAAUCGCCCAUCGACCAGCAGCUGGAGUUGUCCAGCGAGCGUUUGAACGAACUGGUCCGCUUUGGCAACGAACUGGUGACCAAUGUCCGGGUGGCCAACGAAAGGCGAGAGCUGAAUCGCCGCCUGUUCGAGGCCACGCAGAAGAAUCAGGUGCAAGUCAAGUUGCAGCGUGAGAGCGUGGAAACAAUGGCCCGUUUCGAGAAUAUCAAGGCACGCUGGACCGAACUGGAAGAGACCAACGAACCGAUGCUCCUCUGGGACCAAAUCGAAGAGCAGAAGAAGCGGAUUGCCGAGAUUAUGGCCCGCAAGGAUGAGAUGAUAGCCGCCUGCCAACAGGAGGUUGAUCGCAUGAAUGCCAAGUACGAGUUCGAUCGGGAAAGGCAGGCGCAGGAUCUUUGUUGCCUGGUGGAGCGGGUGGAUCACCAGGUGGAGACCCUAAAGGAGGCCUACAAGGAGCACCUGCAAAUGCUGCGAACGACCAUCGAGGAGGAGCGCCAGAUCUUUGCCGUGAAUGCGGUGGAGAAGUGGCGCACCUUCUUCGAUGCCAUGAACGCCAACUUCGACGAAAAAGCCAAUCUGGUGAGGACUCGGGAGCAGUUCUACGCGCGCCAAACACAGCAGAUCAACGAGUCACAGGAGGAGCUGACCAAGAGCACCCGAAUUCGGCUGGAGAAGGAGUGCGAACGGCUGGAGCUCGAGCUGCGUCGCACGCGCGACAAUGUGCUGAUGAACUCCGAAAAGUUGGACUACAACUAUCAGGUUCUGCAAAAGCGCAACGAGGAGAAUGUGAUCAUUAACAACCAGCAGAAGCGGCGAGUGGCUCGCUUGCACGAGGCCAUCGGACGCACGCGUCGCGGCCUGAAGAAUCUCUAUCUCACUGGAAAGCGGAACAUAGCGCGUCUCUCGUCGGACAUUUACAAGCUGCACGCCAACAUCAACGACAUGGAGUCGAAGGCCCACCAGGCGCGGCUCAACAACCGAGAGAAGUUCGACCGCAUCUGGGAGAUCAACUACAAGGAGCUCAAUCUACUGGUGGAUCGGGUGUACCAAAUCGAUCGCAUAAUCCACGAUCAGCAGCUGGCCAUGCCGUGGUCCAGUCCGGUGCCGCCGAUUCCGAACAUCAACAAGGCGAAGAAGAAGCGGAACAACAUACUGGAGAAGUUCGACAUGCGCAUCGGCCGGGUUCCCAAGAACCGGGUGAUGCCCAAGUCGGCGAUUAAACACCGGCCGGAUAUCAAGGAUUUGCCACCGGAAUCGCUCCGACUGAUGCGCAAUCUCAUCCGUAAGCUGUCCGAUCGCGGGGGCUUCCUCAUCGAGGAGCGACUGCUGAAGAUCCUGGAGCCGUAUUCCGAGGAGGACAAGUGCCUGGUGCGCAUCGACAACAUCUUUGCGGCGUUGCGCAUCCGCCAUUUGCGCGAUGUAAAGGAGCUGACCAAGGUGUUCAUGCCGUACACCUACUGUCCCAACUGCCAGCCGCAGGGAUUGAGUCCGCGCAAGUGUGCCGAGGUCUUCAUGAAGGACCAGAAACCGAAUCGACUGCAAACCCAGUCAACAACGCCUCAGGAACAAGCGGACCAUCGAGAAUCGACGGGCGAAGCCUUUCUAACCAAAGGCGAGGAGGCCGCCAAAAGAUGUCACAACCACUACUUGGUCAUGGAACCAGCUCUGUGCCUGCAUGCCAUGAAUCUGUUUACCUCGAAGAUGCACAAACAGAUGUACGAGCACGAACCGGGAAGCAUUCUGAAUGCGGUCAAUCUCAUUCAGAUCACGGACUCGGAGAUCCGAGACUUUUGGCGCCAGUUCUCCGCCUGUUUUCCCGCCUCAAAGUGCAAGCUGUGGAAGACUCUCGAACAUGGCCUGAACCACUAUGUGGAGGUGCUCAAGAUGCGGGUGCAGUACGAUGCGGAGGUCGUCUUCCUGCGGCGCCAGAACGAGGAGUUGCGUCACUUGCUCCAGAAGUUUACCGUCUAGCUCGGAAUUUUACAGAGCUCUGGGCCAUGCUGCCGAAUAUCAAAUCCCACUUAAAAUCCCAAUCAAUUAUUGUUCAAUUUCGUCAAAACAUGAUAAAUUACAAUUGUGCCUAGUCUUGCUCUUUGA